GACCGUAGGGGGUCCGCAGAAAGGGUGAAAAUUGCUUACAAUUAAUAACUUCUUCGCUAAACGCCAUUUUAUCCAAUCGGAUAAUGCGAAUAAUAAUCAACUCGCCCCUCACUACUGUUUAUAUUCUAUAUAUAGUAUAUAUAUGUCUAUUAAGAACUAUUCUACGAUGACGUCAUUAUAGACGCAGCCUGUAAUCGUGCACAUCCAUCCAUUAUCCAACCCGCUAUAUCCUAACCACAGGGUCACAGGGGUCUGCUGGAGCCAAUCCCAGUCAACACAGGGCGCAAGGCAGGAAACAAACCCCAGGCAGGGCACAGUUUAUGAUAAAUUAUUAAGUUAUACAGUGGUAAUUCUUGCUUGUUAAAUUGUUUUUCGUACGCCCAACUAACGUAUGGAUAAAUAUUUGAAGCGUAAGCGGAUAUCUGAAGAAGAGCACGGGGGUAAUGGAAAUAGUGGCGAUGAACUGAGACAUGAUGCCGAAAGAGAGUCCGCACCGCGUAAGGCAAAAUUACGUAAAUAUGAUCCUGAAUAUUUACAAUUCGGAUUUAUACCGUACAAAGACAACAGUGAUCAGCCACAAUGUGUCAUUUGUUUAAACGUGUUAUCGAACGAAAGUUUGAAACCUGCUAAACUGAAGCGCCAUCUUGUAACAAAGCAUAAUGAACUAAAAGACAACCCCGUUGAUUUCUUCAAACGUCGAGCAGAAGUGUAUGCAAAUCAGCAGAAAAUUAUUAGCACUGCGACAACAGUGAAUGAAAAAGCUCUUAAGGCUUCGUAUAUUAUGGCAAUGCGAAUAGCUAAGAGCAAAAAAGCACACACGGUUGCGGAGAGUUUGAUUAUGCCAGCGGCUUUAGAAAUAUGCGAGAUAAUGUUAGGAAAAGAAAGUAGCCGAAAAUUACUGUCUAUACCAGUAUCAAACGAUACCAUCAGAAGGCGAAUUUGCGACAUGUCCAAUGACAUCCAAUUACAAUUGGUUGAGCGCCUACAAAGCAAUACAUUUGCCAUACAGUUGGACGAAAGUACCGAUAUUGCAGGCCAAGCGCAGUUACUGGUCUACGUUAGAUAUUGCUUUGACAAUGAUGUGGUCGAGGACUUUCUGUUCUGCAAACCUGUGCCACUUAGAACGACAGGUGAAGAUUUAUUUGCAAUGCUAAAUGAUUUCUUCAUUGCUAACAAGCUUGAGUGGUCCAGCUGUAUUGGAAUUUGUACGGACGGAGCUGCAGCAAUGACAGGUCAUAAAAGUGGGGUUGUUGCACGCGUACGAACUGUUUCUCCGAAUAUUAUUUCCACACAUUGCAUGAUUCAUCGCGAAGCUCUUGCUAGUAAGAAUUUAAAUGAAUCCUUCGGUGAAGUGCUAAAUACAUGCAUUAAACUAGUUAAUUGGAUAAAGUGCAGACCGUUGAACGGACGACUGUUUGCUGCACUGUGCGAAGAAAGCGGCUCAGAUCAUCGACAUCUGCUGCUACACACAGAGGUUCGCUGGUUGUCACGCGGAAAGGUACUUCAACGUGUCUUCGAGCUUCGCAGUGAACUGGCAUCAUUUUUGAUGGACAAAAACUCAGAGCUGGUGAAGUUUGUUUCAGAUAAUGUAUGGCUUGCAAAAUUGGCUUACCUGGCUGAUAUCUUUUGUCAACUUAAUGCACUUAACACAUCACUGCAAGGCAGAGAUUCAAGCGUGUUGAAAACAACAGACAAGAUAACUGCCUUCAAGAAAAAGUUGAGAAUAUGGAAGACACGAGUACAAAAUAAAAGCUGUGAUAUGUUUGAACUGUUAACUGAAUUUCUGAAUGAAAACAAUAUGGCCAUUGAUAACUUGGCAACAGAUAUCUUUGACCAUUUGUCGGCGAUGGAAGAAUACUUUGACAGGUACUUUCCAACAGAUAACAUUGCAGAUUAUGACUGGAUCAGAAAUCCAUUCAGUUGUCAGCUUACCAACUUGACCGGGAAGGAAGAAGAACAGUUGGCUGAAUUGUCUAGUGACAGAAGUCUCAAACUUAAAUUUCAAGAACAAACAUUGACCGCGUUUUGGUGCAACGUUAGGAACGAGUAUACGCUUUUAGCUGAGAGAGCACUGACUGUGCUGGUCCCAUUUGCAACUACCUACCAGUGCGAAGCAUCGUUCUCAGCAUUAGCUGUGAUAAAAUCUAAGUUUAGAUCACGUCUCCAGGUGGAAGAUGACAUUCGAGUGUGUCUAUCAAAAAUCUCACCAAGGAUAGACCUUCUCUGCCGACAAAAGCAAGCCCACACAUCUCAUUAGUUUCUAUGAGUAUUAGAGUCUAAUGUAAUUGUAUUUGUAAUACAUUUGAACAUAUUAAAUAAUUAAAACGUUUACCACUGGUAGGGAGCCAUAAAAUUAAUAGUCUUACUCUUUAUUAUUAAAUGAACAAUGUUGUAUUGUAGUUAUGCAGUAUGAGUAUUAAGCACUAAAUAUUGUAGUUGUAGUUGUUUUGCAUUUUUUGUUUUUGCUAAGCAGGUUUUAGUCCUGUGACUGUCGUAUGACACUGUAUCAUUGACUGUCAAUAGUUAGUGUUGUUAUGAUAUGACUACAAAGAAUGAUUUAUUUUAUAAAGUCGACUUCAGAUAAAAGAAGUUUACACUUUAUGCCUGUGGCUAUGCUAUUAUAAUUUGGGUUGACAAAUCAGGCCGCAUCAGGGGUCCGCGAAUAUUGU